GCGGCGGUCGGCGGCGCUGAGGCGGGAUCCGGGCGAGAGGAGUGAAGACCUGGUCCUGUAGACGGGAAGGCGCCUGGACACAGUGACACAUUCUCAAAGGCCCUGCAGGACCGCCAUGGCUUAUGAUGACUCCAUGAAGAAAGAAGCCUUACCUCUGCAAGUCUGUGUCCACCUGCCAAAUCACAACUAAGAAACCAUGUCUGAGGAUGCACCCUGGGCCUUUGCAUAGCGUGGAAGCGUUGUUUCUUCAGAUUGCUUUGAUGGUGAUCACAGCUUUGAGGACAUAGGGCUAGCUGCUGGCCGAAGCCAACGAGAAAAGAAACGCUCUUACAAAGAUUUUUUAAGGGAAGAGGAAGAAAUCGCUGCUCAGGUCAGGAAUUCUUCCAAGAAGAAAUUAAAGGAUAGUGAACUUUACUUCUUGGGGACGGACACGCACAAGAAGAAGAGGAAGCACUCAUCUGAUGAUUACUACUAUGGAGGACAGUGGUUCUUGUUCUGAGUGCCGAUAAACCAGUGUGAAGGAGGAGAGAGGUGGAGGGCUGGUAUUUUGGAGGAUUCAGCAUAGAAGAACAGUCUUCAUUUGUGAUACACCAGAUAUUUCGUCUUUGGAAUCGUCACAGAAGAAAAAGAAAAAGUCCAGCCCGCAGUCUGCUGAUACAGCCAUGGACCUGUUGAAAGCUAUCACUUCACCACUGGCAGCAGGCACCAAGCCCUCCAAAAAGACAGGAGAAAAAUCCUCUAGUUCUUCAAGCCAUUCAGAGAGUAAAAAGGAACACCACAGGAAGAAAGUAAGUGGAAGCGGUGGGGAACCAUCCCUGGAGGAUGGUGGUUCCCAUAAAUCCAAAAAAAUGAAACCGCUCUAUGUGAACACAGAGACUCUGACCCUUCGUGAGCCCGAUGGCUUAAAGAUGAAACUCAUUCUCUCACCAAAGGAGAAGGGAAGCAGCUCGGUUGAUGAGGAGUCUUUUCAGUACCCCUCUCAACAAGCGACUGUGAAAAAAUCCUCUAAGAAGUCAGCUCGCGAUGAGCAAGGUGCUUUACUCCUAGGACACGAGUUACAGAGCUUCCUGAAAACAGCCCGGAAGAAGCACAAAUCCUCCUCAGACCCGCGUUCAUCUCCCGGCCCUGAAGGCUGUGGGGCUGAUGCCUCCCAGUUCCCAGAAUCCCACAAUGCUAACCUUGACCUUUCAGGGCUAGAACCUAUUCUCGUGGAGUCAGACUCCUCCUCGGGUGGGGAGCUAGAGGCGGGGGAGUUAGUGAUAGAUGAUUCUUACCGGGAAAUCAAGAAGAAAAAGAAGUCAAAGAAGAGCAAAAAGAAGAAGGACAAGGAGAAGCAUAAAGAGAAGCGACACUCCAAGUCCAAGAGAAGUUCAGGGCUUCCCGCCGCAGCCGUGGGAGAGGUCCCAGCACCACCUGGCCCUCCUCCCAGCACCCCGUACCCCGGAGCAGCAGCUCCUCCCCCACCACUUCCGGGCCUCCAUGCAGAUGGGCACAGUGAGAAAAAGAAGAAGAGAGAGGAGAAGGACAGAGAGCGCGAGAGAGGAGACAAGCCAAAAAAGAAGAACAUGUCGGCCUAUCAGGUGUUCUGUAAAGAGUAUCGUGUAACCAUUGUGGCUGACCACCCAGGCAUAGAUUUUGGGGAGCUUAGUAAAAAACUGGCUGAGGUGUGGAAGCAGUUGCCAGAAAAGGACAAACUGAUUUGGAAGCAAAAAGCUCAGUAUCUGCAACACAAACAGAACAAAGCAGAAGCUACAACUGUGAAAAGAAAAGCCUCCAGCUCAGAAGGUUCCAUGAAAGUGAAAGCUUCCUCUGCAGGAAUACUGUCACCCCAAAAGAAAUCUCCACCCACCACCAUGCUGUUACCCGCCUCGCCAGCCAAAGCCCCUGAGACAGAGCCCAUCGAUGUGGCUGCUCAUCUCCAGUUGCUGGGAGAGUCCCUGAGCCUCAUUGGACACCGCCUGCAGGAAACUGAGGGCAUGGUGGCUGUGUCUGGCAGUCUGUCCGUGCUUCUGGACUCCAUCAUCUGUGCGCUUGGCCCCUUGGCGUGUCUGACCACACAGCUACCUGAGUUGAAUGGCUGUCCCAAACAGGUUUUGUCAAACACACUAGACAACAUUGCUUACAUCAUGCCUGGACUCUGACCAUAAAGCCUCCUGGGACAGAAACCUUAUCCCCCCCAUUGCUGGUUUGUGUAUAUAUGACUGUUCCAGAUCCCUUCGCUGGCCUCUGGGUAUAGGUUUUAAAUUUUUAUAUAUAUGCAUAUACAUAUAUAUAUAUAUAAAAUGUACAAUAUAUACAUAAGACUGUAACUACUUUGCUUUUAAUAAUUUUAUGAAGUGGCAAAGGUUUAGCCAAGAGGAAAACCUUGGCAUGAAUAUGGGCUUGGGAUUCUUACUUCUCCUGUGGUGGAUAAAUCUGCCUUAAAAAUCAAUGUAACUUGGGGCCUGGGGGCUUGUUCUGGAUGCCAAGUGCAUCUCGUUAUGGACAGCUAAAAUGUGAUUUUUUUCCAAACUCAGUUGUACCUCCAGACCCAUCACUGACCAUUUGCCUUACCUGUCUUACAGUCUGAAGUGUGAUGGGAAAGAUUAUGGGAAGAUGUCAGUUAACUGAAAGUACAAAGCUUUUCAACUUGAGGUGACCUAGGUGGGAGGUGAUAAAAUCGUGCCCAUCUUAAAGCUAUUGCAAUGGUUUAAGUGAACUUAGUAGGGGGUUCAUUCCAAUUCCUGCUCUACCAGUGUCCACGUCUUAGUUCAUUAUAAUCAUUGGUACCAUUGGCAGCCUCAGUAGGGGCCAAGGAGUUCUGUGAGCCCUGGCGAGGGUAAAGCUGUCAGUGCCAGCAGCUGAACGGCCUAUACUGUGAGCUGACCCGGGAUACUUGGUCUGCAGGACCAAGAGCUGGUACCUCCCUUGGCAGCGUCAGCUUCACUCACGGUUCUGUGGCUGAGUUGUUUGGUGGUUGUAGAAGGUGCACUUUGCCCAGCCUGAUUCCUGGGUUCUUCUCAUUGGCUCCCCUGCUGGGCAGAUAGAGUGUUCUGCAUUCCACACGAAAACGAAAUUGCAAAAAAAAACGUACUCUAUUCUCGUGUAGGUUUAUUUAUGUGCGCGUGUGAAUGUGUUUUAAUUAUGUGUAUUUAACUCUUUAAACUCUCUUAGAUUUUAAUUUAUCCUGUAAAUUUCUGUAUAUAUAAUUUAAAAACAAGAGCCUCCACCAGCAACAGCAUGUGGAAGAUAACAGAUUUUCAUUUCUUCCUUUCUUCCUUCCUCUGGUCCCCUCUGAAAACUCCAAAUCAUUUACACGUUAAGGUAUUUGUGCCUCACAAAGGAAUCAUUAUGUUGGGAUUCUAAUCCUUUCUGAUUCAAUAAUGUCAAGAAAGUAAAAUAAAAAGGAAUGUUACCAUUCCCAGCUGCCCUCAUUUCCAAAGAACCAAACUUUUGCUUCCCAGUUCCAAAGAAGACAGUUGAGUGCUUCAGGGUUGUUUUUAAAUUUGGUGUGUGAUUCCACGUCAGAACCAAGCUCUGAGAUCGCUGUGCUUUCUUCCCUUGGCCUGGACGGAGCACUGCAGCAUCAAAGUAGAUCUCUGAGGGCAGUGCAGCCAGCCUGCAUCCUAUUUAAUUCUUUCCUUCCUUCCCACCAGUGUGGUCACAAGGCUGUGUUUCUUAAAGGUAUUCUGGGUACUGAAUGCCUUUCUCACCUCAGAGCAAUUUUGAAAUUUAAUUGAGGAAACAGGAAUGUUUGGGAACCAAAAUCAAGAAGAGCAGAAAUCUUGGCUUGAGUUCAUGUGUUAGAAUCUGUACCAGGCCUCAUCUGCACACAUGUCAGUUUCCUGUUCGACACAGGGUAUCAAGGAAGGGCCUUGAAGACAUAGGUUAGUACAGAAAGAAUUCAACCCUACCAUUGUCAUUUUACACAUUAAUGAAAUCCUGAUGAGGAACUGCUUUCUGUUUGUUUGUUUUCCUUUAAAAUCCAACCCUAUUGUAUUUGUAUUUAAAAUUUGUACACAUUUGUAUAAUAAUCUGUUCCUUGUGGCAUUUGGUACUAUUAGAGGAAAAACUUUGGAUUCAGACCUUCUUGCAGUUUUUAUAUCAUUGUUUUAUUUUGUUUUUUAAAUAAAUUCUAGCGGUUUGAUCCAAAUCCCA